GCCCCUCCAACACUUUGAACCUCAGACUUAUCCGCUGCUAAGAGAAGUCUUCGACUGAGACCAACAAUGAGAGCCUACCUGGUCCUGCUUCUGCUGCUCCCUCUGUGCACAGCCGACUACAACAUUGAAUGUUACGGUGAGGACUUCCUGAUGCUGAGGAACCAGCUCCUACAGUGCUCAAGCAAAACACAGCAGGCCUGCUACACCAGGAAGACUGGGGAGAAGGGCUGUGCUCGGCUGGAGUUCUGCUCUCGAUCAGGCUGGAAGUGCUGCUAUAAGGACCGCUGCAAUGCCUAGAGCUGAUUCCAGGGGACACUAACUCCACGGCCCAGGACAGGCAGAGGACGAAGGGCUGUGAUAUCAGCCGACAGCGACUUGCUGUUUAGCACUUGGUGAUUGAAUGCGUUUGUAUAAACAACGCGACAAAAAUAACUUUAAUUGGAUGUAAAGUCACAUGAAAUAAAGUCCUACGCAAUUGUAA